CUUUGUUCGUUUUGUGCUAAUAGUCUGCAUUUUGGGAAACAGCCCAGGAACUGCUUUGUGGUGGGGAUAACUGUCUGCAGUGAUGAGCAACACCAGUGCAUAGAGAAGAGGCAAUUUUCCAAGUCAAGGUACAUCUGUGUGACACGUUGCGUGUGUGAAAACUGUGUUUCUCAACGUCAGGGAUCGGAAGUAACCAGUAGACUUCUGUGCAACAUAUGCUGACUUCAUGAGUGCUGCGGGAGAAAAUGUCCAUGAUCCUCUAUGCCUGUGUGGUGCGGCUGUGCGAUGGCCUUCCUCUGUCUGCAUCUACAGACUUCCACGUGAGCAAGCAGGUCUUGCAAUGCAAAAAAAGACUCAAAGCCUUGUGUCCAACCCUUUCCAAAUAUCCUCCCAGAGGCACGGCAAAUGUGUGUGGCCUCAUCAUACAUUUUUGUUCAGCAGGUGAUAUCUCCACCCUGGUUAUCUGCUCUACUGUUUACCCCCCAGCUAUGGCCUUCAGCUUCCUGGAGGAGCUGCACUGGGAAUUUUCUGCAUUUUAUAACAGCACUACAAUAGCCCUGGUCACCAGGCCGUACGUCUUCCUAGAGUUUGACAGUGUAAUCCAGAGAGUGAAGCACAGCUAUAACAUAGCCACCUCCCCACCUAUUCGCCUGGAUCCAUCGCCGCCUCCUGUGCUUUUGAAGGUAGAUGAUAUGGAAGAGGUUAACGGUCUUUUGAACGGGUAUUCGACUUCACACAUGCAGUCAGCCCCUAAUUACAGAAUGACACCUGUAACGGCGCUCGGCAUCCUGUCUCUGACUCUCAACAUCAUGUGCAGCGCUCUGAGCCUCAUACGUGGUGUGCACUUAGCAGAGAACUCGUUUCAGGAGGGUUAUGAAAAUGCAGGAAGAGUAGUGGCAUUUCUGACAGCUUUUUCAGCAAACAUAUUACAGUGCUAUUUGUACCUGUUUUACUCUUCAGCGAGAAAGAUAAAAGCCUGCGGACUGUUCUUAAUAAUUUGUCUUUGCAACAUUUAUUUAUACGGUUUGAGGAACUUGUGGCAGAUUUUCUUUCACGUUUUGGUUGCCAUGCUUGCUGCACAACAAAUAUUUACAAGGAAAACCGCGGAGAAACAGAGUGACUGUGGGGUUUGAGAAAAGGACUGAAUUUUAAUAUUUUUACAAUCUGUGUUUAACCCUUUUUAAGCCUCAGAAUAACUCUACUUCCAUUGGAGCAACAGGUUUUGUAAAUAUAAACAAAUGAAUGCAAAGAUUUUUUAUUCUGAGGGUUGAGUAUUACCCAGAAACCUCUUGGUGUUAUUUUGGCAUUUAUGCUUGUAGCUGCACCAAUCAAACUGUUUUCAAAUGAUUUUACUUGUUUGGCCCUGGAGGCUUUUGACUACAAACCUUGCCAUUUAGCUUGAUAAAUGCACUUGUCUACCUGUGCAGGACUUAAAGGGACAUAAUACUCAUAUGCUAAAUCCUUUGAAACUGAUGCAGUAUAACUGUAAAAAGCUGACAGGAAAAUAUCACUUGAGCAUCUCUAUGUAAAAAAGGAAGAUCUUUUACCUCACAAUUUCCUCAGCUCAGCAGAGUAAGUUUUGUGUAAAAAGUUAUAAUUCCGCUGCUGCCCAACUGCAGGUAAAAAUAAAUAAAGAAAGAAAUGAACAGCAGCCAAUCAGAAUCAACAGUGCUAAGGUCAUGAACAUUUUUACUGUGAUCUCAUGAGAUUUUGUAAACUUUCUUACACUGAAUAGGGAAAUAACAUGAGUGUGCACGAAAGCUCGCUCCUUCCGCUGUCCCAGGACAGACAUACUGAUUUGUUGCUUAGAAGCCCUUUACAAUGGGAUGUGGCUACUGAGAAACUUUUGAGGUAAGAUAUCUUUCUUUUUUACAUAGAGAUGUUCAGGUGAUAUUUUCUAGUCCGCUUUUUACAACUAUACUGCAUCACUUUCAAGUGUUUAAACAUUUGGGUAUUAUGGCCCUUUUAACACUUGUCUUUGUGAUUUUUAAAUUUCCCCACAGUCUCCUUUAUGAAUUUGUUUGUAAUUGUAAAUAAUUUUGUUUAAACAAAACUGCUUUACAAAAAAUGUCUUUUCUAUGUUGUUUAUUUUUUCUUCAAAAACCAGCACAUAGCAUAUAGAUGAGGAAACAUUUUAGUGAACAAUUUACUCAAACAUCAUGCAUAUGAUCAACAGCAUAUAGUCUCCCCCUGCCCCCCUGAAAAAACAUUUAUUCUAAAAUGAAUACAGCAUCAGCUUUGUGCUUCCUACGUAUAGUUAUUGGCAGAUAAAGAAAAACACACUUCUAUGGUGUAGAAGGUAUCACAAUUUAGAAUAUGAAUUCCUUUAUUGCAAGUAUAAUAGGUACUAUUAACAACAAGUAGAAGCGCUAAACCAGGAACGAACAAUAGCUUAAUAGUUUGUUCUCUGGCAAAUUGUCACCGAGUAACAGCCUCUUUUUGCCCAAUUGUGCUUUCACGGAGGACUUUCCUGAAGUAUAUCAGUCUCAUCCUGUUUAACAAGAAAUACCGGGCAAUCCUCCUCUGAACAAGGAACAAUCGUCUGGGGUUGCCAUUUCCCUUGUUCAGAGGAGAAUUACCUGGCAUUUCGAGGCUGGACUCACCUUAGUAGGCUGGAUCAGACUGAUAUACUUCAGUGUCUCUUUUUAGUUUUACACUAAAGGGCCUCCAUCACAAAUGCACAGUUUAGGAUUCCCUUUGUUUAUGAUGCCAGUGUAUCCAUAAGAAGGAAGUACCUGGGUCGCCACUCGCCAUGGGACAAAAGCUUGAGAAGUACCUGACAAGGGCUGUUCUGAGGAAAUUGUAAUGGAUACCAGUAAUAUAUAAUUGUAUGGCACAGACUAGGAUUGAUAAAAUCCGAGUCCGGAUGGCGCCUUCUCUUCUUUGAAUACUUCAGGUACACACUAUAAAAGUAAUUAUGUUUGUUGGAGGCAUGUAAAGAACUAUUCUAAGGUAAUACCAAGGAAAAGCUUUCUAUAUGUAUUUACAACAUGAUCUAAUAAAUUAUAAAGUUUCCUAUUAAA